ACAACAGUGAUGACUUCGAAGCUGAGCAGGGAACCGAUCAGUGGCUGAAUUUCCGGGCAACGAAGGACCGGGAAGGGAAGAAAAUCCGGAGGAAGGCUGUGCGUCACGACACGCGUGUCUUUGUGGGGAAAAACGAAUCGGUUCGAGAUAAUUUGCUAGAGCGAAUAAUCUUACGCAUAUAACUACAGAGUGUGGAGAUUAUUUUGUCGAACCGGCGCCGUUGCACGCAUCUCGGAUUUAUAACAAAAUCACUCGCGAUCUGAAGUCAUUGUCCGAGUACCGAAGGAGAUAAGGAAUAUAUUAGUCAGACUGGUAAUUUGAAAAAUGAUUAUUCAACAGUACACAUGGCUUUUUGUGCUCUUAGCUAUCGGACAGUCUUUGGCCGACUUCACUGUGUCAGAGCAAGAUUUGACGGUCACCGUCGAUGGUCAGAAAACGUUCGAUCUCUAUUUGAACAACUCGUUGUCCGAGGAUGUAGAAGUAAGAUUUGACAUACAGCAUUCAGAUUUGGUGAAGACAAAUCCUGCAAAUUUUUCACUCUCCGCUGCAAACACAACCGCACAAUGGACUAUCACAGUAUUUGGCCUAAGUGCGGGCUAUUCUACAGUUUCCGCAAAUGUUACACCUAGCGAUGCCGCAUCUGUUACCAACGCCUUCGUACGUGUGACUAUAGAAAAGUCAGAGACCCUGCGUCACGUGAGUGUCGUAGUUGGUUGGGUGUAUUUCUUGGCAUGGAGCAUCAGUUUUUAUCCCCAAAUUCACAUCAACUACAAACGCAAGAGUGUAGUGGGUUUGAAUUUUGAUUUCCUGUCGUUAAAUAUCGUCGGUUUUGUAAUGUACAGUUUGUUCAACUGCGGACUCUAUUGGAUUCCCGAAAUCGAGCAAGAAUAUUUCAAUCGCUAUCCCAAGGGUUUAAACCCUGUCAAAGUGAACGAUGUCGUAUUUGCAUUGCACGCCGUGUUUGCAACGACAGUUACGAUCCUUCAGUGUUUCAUUUACGAGAGAGGGACGCAGAGAGUGUCAAUAAUGGCGCGUGUGAUACAUGGAAUUUUUACAAUUUUUAUACUAGUCUCAAUAAUUCUAGCUGGAAUAGACACAAUCAAGUGGUUAGACUUUUUGUAUUACUGCAGCUACGUAAAACUGGCUAUUACGCUUAUCAAAUACGUACCACAGGCGUUUUAUAAUUACAAAAGAAAAUCAACAAUAGGAUGGAGUAUCGGAAAUAUAUUCUUGGAUUUCACCGGCGGCAUGUUAUCAAUGCUGCAAAUGAUACUCGAUGCAUACAAUUAUGAUGACUGGGACAGCAUUUUCGGAGAUCCAACAAAGUUUGGACUAGGAUUUUUCUCCGUUGCUUUUGACAUUUUCUUCCUUGUACAACAUUACGUAUUAUACAGACACGCCAGUGAAAAGCAGAUUGACCUGAAUGGACGAGUAUAGCCGGCGGCGCAACUUUAGCUUACACGUCACGCCAUUUUCACCUUUUAUAUAUAUAUAUUUAUUACUUAACGAACUGCAUAUUGCAGUAUAGUUGAUUGUGAUGUACGUAGAUAAAUUUUUGGUAGUUACCUUAGAAGAGUAUAAUAAGAUGCUAGAGUUCAAAACUGUUACACUUUUGUAUAUAAAUGUAUGUAAUAUAAUGUAAAGAAUAUUUAUUAAAUUGAGAAUGUUAACUUUUUUCCAGUGAAAAAAAAAAAAAUUAAAUUUGUAUGUUAUGCAUUUUUAUCAUCAAUGCGAAGUAAGGAGUCAAGUACUCAAUUUCUCUUAUUAUACUCUUUGUUUGUUAGAAAUGUAGAUAUGAGUCUAUGUAGUUUUUUUUAUGGUAUUGAAACAAAACACUGUGUGCAUUGAUCAUUAUUAUUUUUACAUUAUUAGGUGGUGCCUAGAGCCCAAAUAUAUACCUACAUAUAUAUAUACUUAUCCAUACAGAUAUAUUAUAAACAUAUUUAUUAUACUCAUGUUCCCAAACCGUCUUAAUUUUAUGUACGUGAAUGAUUAGAAAAUUCUUUUUGUACAAUUUCGUCAUUCCCUAUCGAUGCUUCCCAACAUCGUGUGUAUAUUUUUGCCUGUAGAGCAUGCUGUGUAUAAAAUUUUUUUUUUUUU